GUCCGCGGAGCUAAAAGGAGUUUGAUCUCUUAUCUCUGCACAACCAAUUUUUGCGCCUCGUCCUGCUUGUCGACUUUUACAGCAAAGUGGUCGAUGUUCGCCAUCCUGGACAACAGAAUAUCCUCGAAAAUCCUCACCUCCAAGUCGGACUUGACAACGGAGCUUACUUCAUCCGUCGGUUCUCGAAGUCGAAGCAGGAAUAAGCUAGAAAGUAAACUCUUGUAUACCUACUUUCCUCUCUUGUGUUGUGUUAUUUUGUCACGCCUUCAGAACUGAUCAGCUUCUGGUCUAGUUUCCGGAUUAUUGAGUUGAUCAAUGAUAAAGCUGAUCAAUUAGGGUUGCUGAACAUCGGUAGAAACCGUAUUUCAGUGGUGACCUUUCCUAUCACUAGUAUUAUUUUAGUUAUUUGUCAAAUUAUGUCAUGAUAAAUGAUCAGAGUGCUGUCCUGUCAAUACUCUAAAAGCUAGUACACUUUGAAUUUCCUAAAAUGGGCAUCGUCGACAAAUUCCUUUACUUCUUCGAGCUGAAGUACGGCGUACUCAUAGUUGGGUUCGUGGACAUUAUCCUCAGUAUACUCUGCGGGUGCUACCUGCCAUGGAUAAGGCGUAAGGUGGAUGACGAUGUUUGGAUCCUUACAGAGGCGGCGUAUACUAUUCAUGGGCAAUCCCUUGCGAAACGUUCGCAGCUGUAUAAUUUUUAUGUUGGUGAUGACUUUUACUUCAAUAGGUUCGGCUACUCAAUGUAUAUCUUCUGCUUGAUUGUCCUCGUUCUUCACAUUGGCGCCUCCAUACUCAUCAUUGUUUCCGUACUCUCGGAGGAGAAAACAAUGGCUGCCCCCUACGUGGCCACUGCCCUGAUGCGCUUCGUGGUGCUGCUCCUCAUCCUGAUUUGGAUAGUGACCAAGUCGUUCGACUGCACCACCACUUUUUGGCUGAUAGGCCUGAGUCUGUUUCCAGCCACCUACUUUUGGCUAACAGUCGUGUCUUGGUACAGCCCGUCGACCUCGGAGUAACCUUAGCAAUCGGAUUGGUGACAGAAUCAAGUACCCUUGUGAAAAUCAUUGGAAAACCGAGCAGUUCAAAUUCGAGCAUCAACUGAAACAAGUGCUGCUGCCUUAAACUGAAGUGGGGAGCUCUCAUUGCCGCCUUGGUUGACUUUAUCUUAUCGGCCGGGACUCUUGCAGUUUUUGGUGAUUCCGAUGAGGUUAUGAAAUACAUCUGGUAUGCUU